AUGACAUCCCCAACGCCGCAUCCACAUCCACAACACCGAAUCCACAACACCGACAUCCACAACACCGACAUCCGCAACAUCGACAUCCACAACACCGAUAUCCACAACAAUGACAUCCACAACAUCGACAUCUACAACACCCACAUCCACACAAGCACCGGACCAACAGCUUCAUAUGUAGCCCGCUUCCGAUUUUUGGUCCGGGGUUCAAAAGCUGAUACCAAACUCACCGUCUUCAUCUCGAAAACCGAUGAAUAUGCGGUUACCUCGGAGACGAAAAUUUGGCAACAACCGGCCCAGGGCCCAAACAGCGAAGUUCAGGAUGGAUACACGGAGUUUCAACUUCGAGAAGGGGACCAGGUUAUUAUCGAAGCCACCAUCGCCAAAGACGACAGCGUGGCCAUUAUAGCCAUUGAUGACUUGAACCUUUUCAAAGGAGCUAGUGAGCCUGAACAUCUCGCAUUGGGUAUGGGCAGUACGCAGCACUGGUGGCGCAUAUCAAGCGAGCAGCUAAACGUGUCUAGCGAGAGGCCACCGAUUGCCAACGGGAGUUUUCAAGCGGACAACGCCCGGCUGAACACCGAGGAGGGGGCGGGUGCAUGGUGCCCCAUGAGUAACGACCAAGACAGUUGGAUUCAGGUUGAUUUCGUGGCAGACGCGUAUAUUUACGGGAUAGUCAUACAGGGACGAGCAUCCGUUGACGAAUGGGUUGAGACUUUCUCGGUGUCGUAUUGGACGAGUGAGGAAGGAUGGAAAUACAUAACCGAUGCUGAUGGCAAUGAGAAAAUUUUUGUGGGAUCAUACGACAGUGAUACACCGAUCCACGUUGUAUUCGACGAGCCAAUCAACGUACAACUUGUGCGCAUCUACCCAGUCACGUGGCACAAUGAGCCCUGUUUACGGAUUGAGUUGAUAGGCUACAAGCGCUUGCCGACUACCGAUCCUGUAGAAGACAAUGCCACGGAGGGUGAAUUUACCAGCGAAGCAAUGACGCCAUCGGGAUACGGAACAACAGACGAUACUCCCUCGUCAACCGUUGAUGCUGAGUCUACACCACAAGAAUCUAGCACGGAUGAAAGAAGCACCGUGGCCAUCCCAGCAACAACGGGCACCGGAUUGUUAGGUUCGGGAACAGGAGACGACUACCCUGGUACAGUAACUGACGCUGCUUACUCGUUUCCACCUACCUCGUCAGAUACUGUGAUCCAGGGAACGGACAUAACCUCAGAGGCUCAGACUUUUAAAAGCACAACUCCUGAGGUGCAAACUACGCAAACCGCCACCGUCGAACCUCAGACAUCAAGAAACCUCAGUGUGACCUUAGGAACAACGAGUCUAGACCCCACACCUUAUGAACCUCAAACACCGAUGAUUCAUGAUGCAGUGGAAAUGGCAACAAAUCCGAAGACCCAAACCUCCAAACCUAAGCAAUCAGUGACCACGGAGGCAACGCCAAAGCUAACUAAAGCAGAUUCUGCAACAUUGGAAGCUCAGAAAUCGAUGCCUCCUCCCGAAACCAACUCUGAGGCAAUGAGUCCAGAAACAACAGCCUUCAAACCUUGGACAUCAAUACCCACUGAACCAAACUCAGAGACACCGAGCACGGAAACCACAACUCUUGACCCUCAAACAUCAGUUUCAACUGAAGUGACAUCCCUGACACCGGGUCUAGAAACGUCAACUCCGCCUGUUGAUCACAAUCCACGACCUCUAAUGGCAAACAGUCACCAGGUGGGCCUCCCGUCACCCUACACCACAAGUGAUGUG